AUGGAGUCUCUUUCUUUGAAGGACGUGAAAGACCGUUCACACAAUCUAGCAAUCUUAGAUUACGUGCGAGGGUUAUUUCUUCAGAUGAGAAGAACAUAUAAUUGUGGUCAUAACGUAGUGCUUCAAACAAAAGAUGAAAUAGUCAAAGCAAUGGUCAAAGAUGAGGGCAUGGUGGGGAAGGAUCUAACAAGCGCCGAAAGGAUUGAAGAAAUAUGCACUCUUCUGGAAAGAAACAAUUGA